AGGGAACCACAGCUCGGAUUUUGAAACCUUCAAUGGAUUCCGAUUUCUGGACCUCCCGAAUUGCUGCUGCCAAGCGCCAAUACACCUUGCAGCACCAUCUCCACAGCUCUCACAUGGAUCGUUUAGGCAUCGAUGAUUUCGAGGUAGAAGAAGAGGUCCGACCCGAUUUCCCAUGCCCUUAUUGUUACGAGGAUUUCGACAUCUCGUCUCUGUGUUCGCAUCUCGAAGAUGAGCACUCGUGCGAGUCAAAAGUUACGCUAUGUCCCAUUUGCUCUGUCAAAGUUUCUCGUGACAUGCUGAAUCACAUCACUCUGCAGCAUGGACAUUUGCUCAAGAUAUCCUUGAUAAUGGAAAUUUAAUUUCCUUGGUCUUUCUCUUCUUAUGAUUUGGAUACAUUAUCCAUGUCAAACUACUUGAUUUUGUGUACUGAUUGAAUUGCCAUUUAGGUUUCCUUUAACUGAAGAUUACUUGCAGAGACGCCGUAGGUUACGUAGAGUUGCAGUUCCUAACAGUCAAGCAUUGUCUCUCCUUGGCCGUGAUCUCCGUGAGGCUCACCUGCAAGUACUUCUAGGUGGUGGUGGAUAUAGGUCAAACAGUGUUAACGUGUCUAAUGCUGCUACUGAUCCGUUCCUUUCAUCACUUCUUUUGAAUUUCCCUGCAUCUGAAGCAGAAGAUAUUACAAAGUCUGUUGUAUCAAGUACUGAAGACACAUCUUCAAAGAAUGCAGCACCAACCCAUAUGUGGAAAUCAAGUUUCGAUCCAAAUUUGAGUUAUGAAGAGCGAGAAAAAAGGAUGAGGCAAGCUGCUGGUAGAGCCAUAUUUCUCCAGGAUCUGCUUCUGUCAACUCUGUUAAAUGAGUAACAAACAAGCUGGAAGUUAAUCGAAAAUAAUGAAAUGAGUUAUCCAAAUCUUAGAGGUACUUCUGGGUGGGAUUCUAAUGUUUCUAUGAUGUCUGACAACCUAAUGCAUGCCCAAUUGGAAUGUUGAGGCUGCAAUUGGUUGCUCCAUGAUAAGAUAUCCCCCAUCUGUCCUUUUUAACUCAUUUAUGAACCAGAAAUGGACUACUGAAUUAUGGACCCUUACUAGUGUAAUUAUGCUCAACUUUGGUAUAUGAGGUGAUUCAUUUCUUGCUACGUUGUACCUUCUAUUAAUGCAAAUUUCCAUUGUAGAUAAUUCAUCUGGACCAUCACGUCUGGUUCUUGUCAGCAGAAACACUGAUCAAAAAGAGAAGACUCUAAAGUGUUCUCUUCUGAUUUGGACAAAUUCAAACUGACUUGCCUUCCAUUGCUCAAUCAUAUUCAUAUACUAAAGCAACUACCAGUGAGAUCUAUAGUCUAAAUUCAAACAAUCAUCAUCUAAUGCACCAAAAAGAUCACAUAUCAAAGCAAAAAAGAAAUAAAAGUAAUAUCAAAAACAAAUUUUCGUAACAUGGUAUGACUGUUGUUUACCUUUUUCAAAUAUCAUGGUUGUUCUAAAGCUUUGUUAUCAAUAAAUGUGGUUAUGUAAC